UCGCUGAUCAAGAGAUAUGCCGUGCAGAACAGGAUUUGAGACAGCCCAGGGUUUCCUCUUCUAGUAGGUUUAAAACCUUUUUUUUUUUUUCUCAGUAACUUCCUUCCUGUUCUAACUGCCAGUGCUCAGAAGUCAGAGUUGAGAGACAGAGGCACCCCGGACAGAGACGUGAAGCACAUUGAAUAUCAAAAUGACUGAAAAGGCACCAGAACCACAACUGGAGGAGGAGGAGGAUGACCUGGACGGGAAGCUCAAUUAUAAGCCUCCACCUCAGAAGUCCCUACAAGAGCUGCAGGAGAUGGACAAAGAUGACGAAAGUCUAACUAAGUACAAGAAAACGCUCCUAGGGGAUGGCCCUGUGGUAGUAGACCCCAAAGCCCCCAAUGUCACUGUCACCCGCCUUACCCUGGUUUGUGAGAGUGCUCCAGGACCAAUCACCAUGGACCUCACUGGGGACCUCCAAGCCCUCAAAAAAGAAACUUUUGUGCUAAAGGAAGGUGUUGAAUACAGAGUGAAAAUUUGCUUCAAAGUGAACAGAGAUAUUGUGUCAGGCCUGAAAUAUGUUCAGCACACCUACCGGACUGGGGUGAAAGUGGAUAAAGCCACAUUUAUGGUUGGCAGCUACGGGCCUCGGCCGGAGGAAUACGAGUUCCUGACUCCGAUUGAGGAGGCUCCCAAAGGCAUGCUGGCCAGAGGCACCUACCACAACAAGUCCUUCUUCACCGAUGACGACAAGCAUGACCACCUCACCUGGGAGUGGAACCUGUCCAUUAAGAAGGAGUGGACAGAAUGAGCACAUCUGCCCAUCCCUGUCCCUGCCCUGCCACCUGGAAGAACCCUCUACAUCGUGUUCACCGCCCUGUCCUCCCCCCUCAUCACAGCUGGGCCCCUUCCCCAACACCCCUCACAUCCUCUUGUUGACGCAUCUUCUCCCGCUCUCUCUCUUAGAGUGAUCCCUAACACUGGACGCUUAAAACCCAGGCUUCGGUCCUGCCCACUCUGAUCCCCCAUCAUGGCCAGAUCUUCAAAGUUCUGUUCCUCAAUGCACAGUCAUGAAAUAUUUCUUCUCUUAUUCCCAUUUGAGGAGUGAGAGGCCAGGAAUCACUAACAACCCUUCUGCCUUGGGUUCCAGUGCUCAUUCCCACCCCUGGAUUGUUCUGUGGUUGCUGCUGGCUCAGUGAACGUCCCUAGCCACAUUCCCUGCCUCGUGGGUUCUUCUUUCCUGGGAGACACUUAACCAGCACAAGAGAGUGAGAAUAAAGCAAUUGUAUGACCUGA